UCAAUCUAUAACACAAACCAAACAAUAAUUUGUGUUUUCUCUUUUUCUUUUUAAAUGAAUGAUCAAAAAGUAACUUCAAAUGAGUCUUCUCCAACCACAGAAGAGAGUGAAUCCUGCUUUGCCCAACCUAAACCACAUAAAAUGGGAAAAGAAUCCACUUUUUAUGAAAAUGCUCAAAGGGAAAGCCUUCCUCCAUUGGAGAAGCUCCAGAUCUCAGCAAGGUCUACAGCUAAUGGCGUUAAAUCCCCCUCUGAACACCCCCUGGCCUCCACAGGAAAUGAUGUAGCUGAUCGACCAGGGUCCACAGGAAAGGAAUUAGAUCAGCCAGGAUCCACAGAGAAGUCUCAGCUUCUAGAGGGACCUCAGGACUCUGGGCCACCUCAACUGGGUGGCAAAGAUGAUACCCCAGCAACAGAAGAAAAGAAGAAAGAUGUGGAAGCAGCGACAGCAACUCAGCCUUUGAAAGGAAAGACUGAGACUAAACUUUUAGGAACAGAAGACGAGGGUCAGCCUUUGAGGAAGGUAGGGGAGAAGGCUCCUCCUGGAACAGUGGAAGGUACUGAGAAUCCACAAACUGCUGAAGAGAUGAAACCUCUAGGAACAUCUGAGAAAAUUCAUCCUCUGGAAACUGUUGGAGAGCUACAAGCUCAAGAAAUAGCAGAGAAGGAUGACCAGCCCCAGAUUCCAGAAAUAGUUCCCAGAGAGAAUGAAUCUUCAGAAAUAUUGGAGGGAAGUCAGCUUGGGGAAAUAGCUGAAGAGCAGCAACUUCAAGAAAAAGGGGAAAAAGAUGAACAGUCUCACCUUCUACCAACAAUUCCCAAAAAGAAUGAAACAUCAGAAAUAUCGGAUAGAAGUCCUCUUGUGGAAACAGCUGUAAAAAAUGAUACCCUCCAUAAAGCUCCUGAAGUUCUUGGAAGCAUGGAACAGAUCCAACCAGAGGGAAUAGCUGGAAGCUUGGAGCAUCCAGCAGGAAUUGUAGAGCCAGAGGCGACUGUGGAAAUGGUCAGUGAAGUUGACACUAAUGAAGAGGACCAACACAUUGAAGGUGAAACCGGAGAAAAGGUUGAAACCGAGAUGGAGAAUGACAAAAUAAGUGAAGGAGCUGAAACAAAAGUAGAAGAAACAGGAGAAGCUGUGGACCCUUCAGCAGCCACAUAGAUGGUGAUAGAAGGGUGAACAGGCACAGCAUUUUAUAACAGAGAAGACAAUGGCAGUGAAGCUUGUGGUUAUAGGUCUUACCUUUCAGCGUCUACAUAUUUUGUGCAAGGGGUGUUGUUAUAGAUAAACUAUUGGAACCAUGAGGAUAAUGUUAUUAUGUUCUUGGUAUACUUUGUUCCAUAAGACUUCUAAGCC